GCCGGUGAGGAAACUGACGGAACCCGGAAGUAAGCCGCAGCAGUGUUCAUGGCAGCAGUCGCCUUCGACACUGUUCAAAACAAACAUGUGAUUUAUUUCAGUUUGUAAAAUGGCAGGAAUUUUAUUUAGGUGGCUUUUUCUGUUUCACGCGGUGGUUUGCGGUUUCGCUGACGAUGUCAGCUACGUCAGCGGGUUUUAUUCCAACACGCCUCAGAGGUUGUCCAUGUACAGCUGGUUCGGGAACGCGCGCCUGUUCCGGUUCCGAGUUCCGGAAGGGGCGGAGCUUGUGCGCUGGUCGCUUAUAGUGAUGCGCGGUUCCGGGUUCAGCUGCGGAGACCAGAACAUCUCAGUGCACUUUCGGGCCGGAGCUCCACCCGUCAUCAAUCCCAUUAACACGGCGUUCCCGAACUCCACGGCCUUCUCUCUGGCCUAUAACCUGAGCGUGAGUGUGAGUCAGGGUCAGACCGCCAGCGUCACGCUGUUUAACGUCACGCAGCCUGAAGCUGGAGACUGGUUCAUCGCCGCGCAUCUACCUAAAGACGAUGGCAAGAUACAACAACAGGGGCUGCCGUCGUGUUCGUAUUCCUUACAGCCGCAGAUGUACGUGAGGAGAGCCGUGGACACGCCAAUCCUGCAGACCAACAUUCCACUCGCUCAGACACUCACUCAGCAACACGCUCAGUUCAGGGUUUUUGUUCCUGAGUUCUCCUCCAAGCUGGACGUCUUUAUCCAGUCGUGCUCUGUACAGACUGUUCCCGUGACCAAUUGCUCGCUGUCAAUCACUUUAGGCUCCACCUCUUUGGGCCAGAGCUCAGCGAUUACAGCGAACUGCUCCGGGAACGAGCCGUGCUCUGCUUCUCUCUCCGAUCCGCCGUGGAACACCUGGGUGAGGGUUUCGGUGGAAAUCAGCCGAGCGAACGUGACGGCGACUUUCAGCAUCUCGGCAAACUAUACAGCUGGCUGUAAACCCUCGAGCGUCCCUGGAGGUGUGAACGUCUCCUUUCCCCUGAGCAGCUCGUCUCUCAUCUCGUCCCCCAAAAACUCCUCCGGUGGCGUCUCUCUACACUCUAACAGCUGCAUCCAGACCCCAGCUGUGUUACGGGAGGCGCAGGACGUCUUUUCAGUUCAGUUCACCAUCGCUAACGGCAGCGUAACCGCUCUGUCCCGUCUCCCCACCCUGCUGACCCUGGAGCUGGACUCUGCAGACAGCGGGGGGGCGCUAAUCCUCCAGCUCCACCUCAACACGACCUCCGUGAUUGGUCCAUUAGACAGUGUGAGGGCGUGUCUAACACCUUCUGCUCCUGUUCUUCAACUCAACACCACCAAGUCAUGUGAUGCAGCUUUCAUGAAGGGGUAUCCACUCCGAGUGAACAGUAAUGAAACGAAGGCGUUGUUGAGGAUUCCCUUUCCUAAAGCAGUGACCUGGUACCUCAGUCUGCAGAGCAUCUGUAAUAACAGUGGUGUUUUCAGUGUUGUGUGCAGUAACGUCUCGGCCGUGGUGAGCGUGUCGGCGAGUGUGAGCGCGUGUGUAGAUGACUGCGGUCCGUAUGGAGACUGCAGGCUGCUGCGCACACAGAGCUACCUGUACGCUGCCUGUGUGUGUAAAGCAGGUUGGUUGGGAUGGAGCUGCUCAGACGGAUCGAGCGCUCUGUCGUUCUCUCGGCAGUUAGCCGCCGUGCUCCUGCUGACGCUCAGUAACCUGCUCUUCCUCCCUCCCAUCGUGGUGGCGCUGUACCGCGGCUACCACGCCGAGGCCACCGUCUACCUCUUCACCAUGUUCUUCUCCACCUUUUAUCAUGCGUGUGAUCAGCCUGGCGUGACGGUGCUCUGCAUCAUGGACUACGACACGCUGCAGUUCUGUGACUUCCUGGGCUCGGUGGUGGCCGUGUGGGUGACCAUCGUCUGCAUGGCGCGACUGCAGUACACACUUAAAUACGUCUUCUUCUUGGGUGGGACACUCUUUAUUGCCAUGGCGAUGCAGCUGGACCGCAGAGGCUUGUGGAACCUUCUAGGUCCUGUGCUGUUUGCAUUAGUGAUCAUGCUGAGCGCCUGGAUUUAUCGUGGCGUGAAGCGUCGUCAGUGUUAUCCGCCCUCCUGGAAGCGCUGGGUUUUCUUCCUGAUCCCCGGCAUCGUAUCGGCGCUCAUCGGGUUGUGCGUGUACGCCUUCGCUCAGACCGACAGUAACUACUACUACACACACUCAAUCUGGCACGUCAUGGUGGCCACCAGCGUGGUGUUCCUCCUGCCGUCACGUGAGAAGAACACGCCGCCCUGGGGCUGGCCACACAAGCUCUGUGGAUAUAAACUGUGUCUGAAUCAGAAGGAAGAGCUUCACACCAUCUCCUAAACACACACACACACACACGUGUAAUGUGCAACGCAACAGAGAAUCAGAACACACAUUAGACUGUGGAACACAACAUGACCUGAGAACAGAAAGGGGCGGUCCUUACAGAACAUCACGUGCUCGUUGCUGAUUGGACACGGUGUAUCACAUGACCCUCACAAGAUAAGAGUGCCACUUUUUCAGUCUGUUACCUAGUUACUGACGAGGAGUUCUGAUUUCCACUCGACUCACGUUCACGUGUGUAAAGUAAACCAAUAAAUAAAAACGUUAUUUAUUUAAGUGUCAAAUAAAUGAAAGAAAGCGUACGUUCGUUUUUACUGGCAAAAGUACGACUGGUCCGUCGUGCUCUUAAACCCCAUGCGUUAAUUUCCAGGAAACAGUACAAGGUUUAAAGGAAUGUAGUAUGAACGCACUAAACGCAGCAGUGGAGUCGUUUAGGCUUGUUAAGAUCUGUGAAACAUUCUCCAGCCAAUCAGCAGCGAGCAUGCGAUGUGCAGUAAGGACCGCCCCUUUCCGUGUCCAUUUCAAGUCGAUGUGUUUGAUUGUUGUUGGUUUUGGCACGGUGUAAUACAGGAAAGGUGUGACGUCACAACUCCCAGUCUACUCCCAGUUUACUCCCAGUCUACUCCCAGUCUCAGACACACGGCCAGUAGCACUUCAUUCUCUUCUUUAUUACAGUGAUACCUUCACUGUGGCCAGUGUGAAUAUAAUUACAUACAUUACACACUAAUACAUGUGUGAUAUCUAUUCAGGAUCGGGAUUAAAUCAGGAGAAACACGAUGCAGCUUUAUUCCCCCUUUUUCUUAAAUAAAUAAAUAAACAAACAAACAAAAAAUAAAUAAAAACUGAAAAAUACUGGAUAAUGCACUUUUAUAAAUUGCACAUAAAUUUUUGGUUGUGUGUGUAUUUGCUUCGACAGAGAGACUGUGUGUGUGUGUGUGUGUGUGUGUGUGUGUGUGUGUGUGAGACCUUUAUUCUUUGGUUUUCUUGAUUCUUUUAUGGUAUUUGUGGUUAUGAACAUGGUGUUAAGGCAUAUGGACUAUUAUGGAUGAUGGACCUCUUCAGCACUUCAUUGCAGUUUUGCGUGUGUGUGUGUGUGUGUGUUCACACUCAAAUGUUGCGAUGGUAAGAACGUACCUGUGUGAGUGUGUGACGAUUGAACAGUGGCCAGUAAGAGCCCGGGUUCUGCAGAGGAUAUAAUGUGAUUCAGUCUGAAUGAAAAAUGUUUGAUUAAUUAAAUAAAUUGUACUUUUUUGUUAAUUGGUUUGUCAUUUGCUUUGUAAGCAAACUCUGAUCAAGUGCUAAUAAAGUGAUUAUUAAUUA